UUUCACCUCAUUUCAGGCUGGUGAAGCAGAGCCUGCAGUGCCCUCAGAGUGUCUGUGCUCAGGUGUCCUCAGUGACACAUGAGAUGAGCUGGUGACCUUCGUGUUUUGUGAUCCCGAUUGGAAUGGUGUCAGGGAUGGUGUGGGCAUGCUGUGCUUGGUGCCAGCACCAUCAUGAAGUGCUGCCCUGAGCGCUCUGCUGCCUAUGGUCCCAUCCCUGUCCCCAUGGUGCAGUGGCUCGAGGCAUAGGGGUGUCCCUUCCAGGGAUGAUGCAGGACAUCCGCAUGGGUGCUCUGCAGCUGUUCCCUGCUCCAAGGCCAUGCUCUGUGGGGUGAGGCAGCAGUGCCAACACACAGCCCAUCCCCGUGGCGUUAAUCCUGACACCCCCUCCCCAUGCACGCACAUACUCCCACCCUCCUCCUCACAGGCACUUGGGGAAGGACACUAGAUUACCCAUUUGAGAAGAAGGGACUUAAUCCUAUUAUCCCCGAAGAGGAUAAAUCUGCCAGCCCCCAGCCGCCACCCAGAGCACUUGGAGGACUUGUGGAGCAGGUUGCAGGGAGUCGUUUGGAGCAGCACUGGCCUUGGGGACGGUAAGUGAUGGCUUUGCUAUGUGUGAGACAGCACUCAGACCUGUAGGCACUGGGGCUGCAGUGCAUGGCAUUGCCCAGCUGGAGCCACUUGGGCAUUGCCCAGCUCACCUCCUGCACUUGCAGAUGAGGCUCCAUGCCGAGUGCUGCCAAGCUGGCAGUGAGAGCUGCCUGUGCUACAAAGCCCCAGUGCUUGGCAGGUUGCAGGAUGGAGCCCUGUGCUGCCCUGGGAUUUCAGGAUCAGCUGCAGCCCCUCCAGACCACAGCGCUCAGAGCCCUGUGAGCCACACCUGAGCAUCAUCCAGCUGCAAGCCAGCCCUGUGAGCAGCUUGCAGCUCACUCCUGGCACACAGCUGCACUGCCCUCAACUCACAGUGGCAGCUGUGAUGCCCAUCUCUGCAGUUAUGUAUCGUGGUGGGGGCAUCCAGUGGUGCACAUCUACCUGCAGUGGGGAGAAAGGGCUGCAGGCAUUGCCCCAAGGAGUGCAGGGGCUCAGUUUGCCCCCCCUGGGUGCCCUUUGCUGUCUUUGGGGUAAGGAGAUUAGCGGGGUCUGAGCUGGCCUAAUUCCAGGGAGAGGAGGGAAAGUGCCCACCCCCAGAGCAGCCCGGAAAGCGGAUCAGCUCUGCAGGGCUCGUGGCAGGGUGGGAACAAGGGCACCCGGAUGGCAUGGCACAGCACAUCUCUGCACUGCGAUGGCUGCAGCUACGUCAAGGUUCACCCCAGUGCCCCAUGUCCUCCCUGUGCCAGGUGUGAGGAGCCAUCCCGUGUCAGCGCCAGAGCCACAGGGACAGCUGCGACGCAGGGCAGGCUGCUGGCCCUGCUACAGCCAUGAGCUUGGAGCCCCACAAACCAGAAGUCAAGUCAGCCACCCGGGUGACUGGCGGACCUGCCACCCCCCGAAAAGGACCACCUAAGUUCAAGCAGAGGCAGACACGGCAAUUCAAGAGCAAGCCACCCAAAAAAGGGGUGCAGGGGUUUGGCGAUGACAUCCCAGGCAUGGAGGGGCUAGGAACAGAUAUCACCGUGAUUUGCCCUUGGGAAGCCUUCAGCCACCUGGAGCUGCACGAGCUGGCUCAGUAUGGCAUCAUCUAGGCUAGCUAUGGCCACCACCACCUGUCCUAUAGCAGUGCUUUUUUAGAAACUGCCCCAUCCACAUAGCGGGGCAUAGCUUGGAGAAAC